GAUGGAGACAGAUGGAGAGACGGACAGACAGAUGCGCACACACAUUUACAAGCCACUUGUAGUUUUAGGCGUACUAGCUAAUAGGUAUGUAAAUUGGCACCAAUGUAUCUUUCACCAAUGUAUAGGAACACAACACACCUGUGCGCGUCAUUGACCGCACAUUCUCCUUGUGGCGAGGACAACUGGUCCGGUCGCAUUUUAUCGCUUGGAUGAAGAAGGGAAGGGGAGGGAAAUCAAACACGCCUACGUAUUCUGUCCAUCAAUCAUCCAAUCACCAGUACAAGCAGCGUGGACCGCUUGCCAAGUCGCGCGGUUGGAAAUACUAGUUUGGCAACUACCGAGUUCAUUUCAGUGCAAACUUUCGUUUAGUGCAGACAAUAGCUUACUGGAUCGGAUAUCAACACAGCAACCAUGGAUAAGGAGGAGGAGAGGGAAGGGGCACAGAGUGAGCCGGUGGAGGGUUUUUUGGGGGAGAGAAGACCGAGCAUCAUGAGACUACAGGGGAUGCUGAGGAGAGUUUCCCAGAGUCCCUUCCGCAAACAAUACAGGACUGCUAUCCCCUCCACUUCAGAAUCCAGAGAUUCCUCUGACACUCGCCUGAAGCAGAAUGGAAUCAAUCGUAGCUUGUCAAAAGAGAAUCCAUUCUACUCUUAUAUGAAAGAAUCCAGCAGUGUGACUAUUGACGGGGACACGAAGAAUCAGGAUUCAGAGGUUCUACGUCGGCAGAGUUUAGUCACCAUCUUUGCUCCUCCGCCUGAGGUCCGGAGCACACCAGAGGGCCUCCAACCUGACAAACAGACAGGCGACAACCUUCAGACCACACCGUCUGACCAGCCCACGUAUAUUUUCAAAACCAUGUCUGAAAGACGGUCACCGGAUCUCUUCAAAACAACGGCCCUAACUCAAAACACACCAAAUGUUAGCCACAGUCCUUUAUUUGUCACACCUGCUGAAAGACUGGAGCUUUGGGCAACUCCUUCGAACCAACAGGACCUAUUCAAAACUCAGCCUUCAAAAACACCAAACCCAUUCCAAGCUCCUCCAACCAAGGGAGAUUACCAAUUCAAAGCACCACCCACCAAGGGAGAGUCCCUAUUCAAUGCUCCUCCCACCAAGGGAGAUGACCUUUUCCAAGCCCCUUUGUCCAUUCCAAAGGACCCCUUCCAAUCCACUCCUUCUGACACUCCCAAUCUCAUUCAAGCCACGCCUAUUAGGUCAAAUGACCCUUUCCAAAUUCCCUCUUCCAAUGUGACACCAGACAUCUUUCAGCCCCUGCCUUCCAGGACAUGGGACAUUUUCCAUUCCUCACCCAGUGACGUCUUUCAGAGUGCUUCUUUCAGUACUGACUCUACAGUCAAGCAGUCCACACCUUUAUUUCAGACUUCGCCAGGGCAGAAAACAGACAUCUUCUCAGGGUCAGAUUUUGAGAAGACUGCUGAGCUCUUCAAUGCAUCACUCUCCAACACGCAGGAUUUCAACCUUGCAACACCCUCUGAUGAACAGUAUGAUAUCUUCCUGAUGACCCCUCACGGAACCAAACAUGUUCUCCAACCCACCUCUACUGCCAUGAAACAUGGUACCCUCCAUGCCAGAUCCCUGUCCCCCACGCAGGCUUUCAAUGGUACCCCCCAGGUGAAGACCUCCAACAGCCCUCCCAAACCACCUCCUCAAAAAAGGCAGCCCAAGUUACCGAGUCGUACCGAAGCGGAGCGACCAGAUCCUAAACCAGCCCCUCAAACGAAGAACACAGCUCAGGACAACAAAUUAGAGGAAGUGGAGGUAUUUGAGAACAUUCUUUUGACUGGCCAGGAGAGAUGUGUGGAGGAUUGGCCUGAAAACAGUCCUGAGCUCAAUCCUGACUGGAAACCUUCUGGCAAACUGAGGCUUAGGAGGGAGUCGAUGAAGGUGGCGUCAGACUCUGAUGGGGGGAGUGUAGAAGAACUGGAAGAGAAUGGGUCCGGAAAACGUGCGAAAACUAAAAGGGGGAGGACAUUCAAGGUAUCCUUUCUUUCCAGAAGAGGGUCAAAGGAUAAGUAUUCUGAAGACCUGAAGGAUAGUGACAGCGGCACACUACGUCGAGGGUCAAAGGAGACAUUUUCUGAAUCCAAGGAUGGCGAGAGCAAUGGUCUCCGUCGGCGGUCAAAGGGGGGCUUUUUGGAUGAAGACUUCCCAAAGAAAGGGGUAGAUGUCUUCUCUGCAGAUUACGAAGAUAAGGAGAAUUACAUGGAGCACGGCAAGCCGAAGAAAUCAUUCAAAUUCAAAAUGCCCCUUGUGCAUCGCAGAGGAUCUAAGGAUCGGUUUUCAGCUGACCAUCUUGAAAAAGCUUCAGGCCUACAUUUGCCUCAACAUAGCGCGAAUGAGGGCUUGCUAGACGAUGACUUUCCUCAGAAGGAAGUAGGAUUCAUAUCUGCAGGGGAGAAUGAAGAUGAAGAACAUAAUGGGAUCGAAGACUCCAAACAGGCCCUGGGUUUGGAUGAGAACUCUGAAGAGGAGCCAGAGGAACGUGAUGGGACGGGUGGAUUUAAAAAAAGUAAAGGUGUCAAAAUUAAGUUUGUGCCUCACAGAGGGUUCGCAAUCUGCCUCGAAAAGGAUGAACCAACAGGCGCUCAUGAAUACACACCUCGCAGAGGUUCAAAGAUGAUUCAUGAGAAACCUCUUGAUGAACUUAAAGGUGCCCAUGGUUAUACACCACGCAAGGAGUCCAAGGUUAAUAUUUUUGAGGAAACAGAAGAAGUGAAAGGCUACAUCCCGCAGUCACACCCCAAGCAGAGCUUUUUGGAUGAUUACUUGCCUGAGAAGGGGGCACAUUUCUCCUCAGCAGGAGCGGUAGAAGAAUAUCAACAGAACGUGAUGGAAGACUGCAAACCGAAGAAACCGUUCAAAUUAAAACUCCUACAUAUGAAUCGUCGGAAAUCGGGGAGCGCUGAGGAGAAUUCUCAGACUAGCAGCACACAACAGUACUCCCCACAAAGGAGAUCAGAGGAGGACUUUCUGGACAGUGAUGUGCCUCAGAAGGGAGCAGAUCUCUUCUAUGCUGGACAGAUAGAAGAGGAACAGAACGAGAUGGAAGACUGGAAACCGAAGAAACCAUCGAAAUUUAAGAACCACCUUGCAAGUCGGCGCAAGUCGAGCCAAAUCCAGGAAAUGUUUCCAUAUGAAAAGUCACAGAUUGGUUCCGAGCGCUACACACCUCGACGAGCGUCCCAUGAGGGCUUUCUGGACGAUGACACUUCUCAGAGGAGGUCGGAUCUCUUCUCAGCAGGAGGGCAUGGAGAUUAUUAUGGACAGGAUGAUAUAGAAGACUGCAAACCGAAGAAAUCUUUCAAAUUUAAAGCCCCUCAUAAGCAUCGCAAAGAAACUAAGACUAAAGCGAGAGAUGAAAGGAUGACUGAGUACCCACCAGGAGCCACAUCUAGUGACUACUACUUUUCAGAGGCUGCAGAGGCUGAGUGGCGUUCUGCUCAGAUUGACGAACAGCUUGCAGACGGUCUGGAGGAUGAGGAGGAGGAGGAAGAGGGGGACACUGACAGCUUGAUGGAGUGGUGGAAUACUGUGGAACAAUGGGAUGAGCUGCCUUCAGAUGAUGAAGACAAGACGGUGAAGGACGAUGAGACGAGGUCAUUCACCCUACUGGCGGAGAAGGUGCACCGCGGCCUGAGUGUCUUCAACAAGGUGUUCACGGAGCGUGCCGAGGUCCUCUGGCAGUACGUCAUCAAGCUCUACGCCCUCGCCGACGACAUCACCUCCUUCCAUAAGAAGGCCAAGAUUGGCAACAUCACCGGCGGCACCACCGCCGCCGUCGGGGGUGGCGCGGCCAUCGUCGGCCUGGCCCUCGCCCCCUUCACCUUCGGCGCCUCGCUCAUCAUCACGGCUGUGGGCGUCGGCGUGGCGGCGGCCGGAGGGAUCACGUCGGCCUCGGCGACCAUCUCGGACAACGUGAACAACAUGCAGGACAGGAAGAAAGUGGAGGUGGUUCUGGAAGAUUAUGAGGUGAGGAUGGAGGAGUUGGUGAAGAUCUUGAGGUUUGUGUGCGAGGGGCUGUAUAGACUCAGGGGGCAUCCUCUCCUCCGGAGAGGAACCCAGCACUACUCUGGAGACUGGGAGGUCCGCAGGGCCGUUCAAAUGGUCAGCCUAGUGGAUAGACCUGUGUUGAGGGCCACAGAGGUAACAGAAGGAGCUGCCGUGGCCCUCAGGGGCCUCUUCAAAGGAAUGGAUAAAUACUUCACCAAGGACUCUCGUGAGCUAAAGAAAGGGUUUAAGAAAGAGGUGGUGUUUAAGAUUAGGCAAGUAGCUCAGGUGCUGCACGAGAGCCUGAUGGAGCUGAAUGCUAUCAGGGAGGAGCUGCAGGAUGCUAAUGGCAAUAUAUGAAACAGUUCAACUCCCACAAUGCAACGUGUCUUAUGCAACUCAUGGCCCCCCUCUACUGUCCAAGCUGAGGAUUUGUUUUCAAGAUCUUGAUUUUUUUUUUACCUAAACCUAACGAGGACCUUCCCAACUUUCCUGUUCCUCUUUAAACGAAAAGGAGAAACUGAACAUUUGCCUUGUAAUAAAUGAAGUUACAAACUCUGAUUGCAUUCAGCAAUUUGGACAACUAUGCAGCAUAAUAAGCUUUUACUUACAAAGAACUUGUAUGUAUGACUUUACUGGAUUGUGAAGUAGUAGGCCUAAGAUCUUGGAUACGUGUUUAUAACUAGCUUAGGCUACACUCCUGUGAUAUGCCAUAGAUCUAAUCUAGCUAUUAUUUUAAAACGAGUAUAUAUUUCAAAGUUUAGUAAAUAGGUUAUUUAUACUGUAACCAAAUGAAAUGUGCAAUGUUGAUGAUGACUAAUAGCGCAAUGAGGCAGCUAUUGGAGUUGUGUUUAAUAAAGAUAAUUAUGCAUUUGA